GGGACACUGGGGACACUGGCUACAUCGCCUGAGCUUCGGCUGCUGGUUCUGAACUGCCUUACUUUCAGGUUACAUCUUUUCACUUGCUAAUAAGGACCUCUGAGAUCAGCAGCCAUGAGUUCAGACUCAGAAAUGGCUGUUUUUGGGGAGGCUGCUCCUUACCUCCGAAAGUCUGAAAAGGAGCGCAUUGAGGCCCAGAACAGGCCCUUUGAUGCCAAGACCUCAGUGUUUGUGGCAGAGCCCAAGGAAUCCUUUGUCAAAGGAACUAUUCAGAGCCGAGAAGCUGGGAAAGUGACAGUAAAAACUGAUGCAGGGGCGACUCUGACAGUGAAGGACGAUCAGGUUUUUCCCAUGAACCCUCCCAAAUUCGACAAGAUCGAGGACAUGGCCAUGAUGACCCACCUGCAUGAGCCUGCUGUGCUGUAUAACCUCAAAGAGCGUUAUGCAGCCUGGAUGAUCUAUACCUACUCAGGACUCUUCUGUGUCACUGUCAACCCCUACAAGUGGCUGCCAGUGUAUAACCCAGAGGUGGUGACGGCCUACAGAGGCAAAAAGCGCCAGGAGGCCCCACCCCACAUCUUCUCCAUCUCUGACAACGCCUAUCAGUUCAUGCUGACUGACCGGGAGAAUCAGUCAAUCCUGAUCACUGGAGAAUCUGGUGCAGGGAAGACUGUGAACACCAAGCGUGUCAUCCAGUACUUUGCAACAAUUGCAGUUACUGGAGAGAAGAAGAAGGAAGAAUCUGGCAAAAACCAGGGGACUCUGGAAGAUCAAAUCAUCAGUGCCAACCCCCUACUGGAGGCCUUUGGCAAUGCCAAGACCGUGAGGAAUGACAACUCCUCUCGCUUUGGUAAAUUCAUCAGAAUCCACUUUGGCACUACAGGAAAACUGGCUUCAGCUGAUAUUGAAACAUAUCUGUUAGAGAAGUCUAGAGUUACCUUCCAGCUUAAGGCUGAAAGAAGUUACCAUAUUUUUUAUCAGAUCACAUCAAACAAGAAACCAGAACUAAUUGAAAUGCUUCUGAUUACCACAAACCCAUAUGAUUACCCAUUUGUCAGUCAAGGGGAAAUCAGUGUAGCCAGCAUUGAUGACCAGGAAGAGCUGAUGGCCACAGAUAGUGCUAUUGAUAUUUUGGGCUUCACUAAUGAAGAAAAGGUGUCUAUUUAUAAACUCACGGGAGGCGUGAUGCAUUAUGGGAACAUGAAAUUCAAGCAAAAGCAGCGUGAAGAGCAAGCUGAGCCAGAUGGCACUGAAGUUGCUGACAAGGCAGCCUAUCUCCAGGGUCUGAACUCUGCUGAUCUGCUCAAAGCCCUCUGCUACCCAAGGGUCAAGGUCGGCAAUGAGUAUGUUACCAAAGGCCAGACUGUAGAGCAGGUGACCAACGCAGUGGGUGCUCUGGCCAAAGCCGUGUAUGAGAAAAUGUUCCUGUGGAUGGUCACCCGCAUCAACCAGCAACUGGACACCAAGCAACCCAGACAGUACUUCAUUGGGGUCUUGGACAUUGCUGGCUUUGAGAUUUUUGAUUUCAACAGCCUGGAGCAGCUGUGCAUCAACUUCACCAAUGAGAAACUGCAACAGUUCUUCAACCACCACAUGUUCGUGCUGGAGCAGGAGGAGUACAAGAAGGAAGGCAUCGAGUGGACCUUCAUUGACUUUGGGAUGGACCUGGCUGCCUGCAUUGAGCUCAUUGAGAAGCCUAUGGGCAUCUUCUCCAUCCUGGAAGAAGAGUGCAUGUUCCCCAAGGCAACAGACACCUCCUUUAAGAACAAGCUGUAUGAGCAGCAUCUUGGAAAGUCUGCCAACUUCCAGAAGCCUAAGGUGGUCAAAGGAAAGGCUGAGGCUCACUUCUCCCUGAUCCAUUAUGCUGGUACUGUGGACUAUAACAUCACUGGCUGGCUGGACAAGAACAAGGACCCCCUGAAUGAGACUGUGGUUGGGCUGUACCAGAAGUCUUCAUUGAAAACUCUAGCUUAUCUCUUCUCUGGGGCUCAAACUGCUGAAGCAGAGGCAAGUGGCGGAGCUGCCAAGAAAGGUGGCAAGAAGAAGGGCUCCUCUUUCCAGACUGUGUCUGCCCUUUUCAGGGAGAAUUUGAACAAACUGAUGACCAACCUCAGGAGCACCCACCCUCAUUUUGUGAGGUGUAUCAUUCCCAAUGAAACUAAAACUCCAGGUGCCAUGGAGCAUGAACUUGUCCUGCACCAGCUGAGGUGUAAUGGUGUGCUGGAAGGCAUCCGCAUCUGUAGGAAAGGAUUCCCAAGCAGAAUCCUUUAUGCAGAUUUCAAGCAGAGAUACAAGGUACUAAACGCAAGUGCUAUCCCUGAAGGACAGUAUAUUGACAGCAAGAAGGCUUCUGAGAAGCUCCUGGCGUCCAUUGACAUUGACCACACCCAGUAUAAAUUUGGUCACACUAAGGUCUUUUUCAAAGCUGGUCUUCUGGGGCUCCUAGAGGAGAUGCGAGAUGACAAGCUGGCCCAACUGAUUACCCGCACCCAGGCCAUGUGCAGAGGGUUCUUGGCAAGAGUGGAGUACCAGAAGAUGGUGGAGAGAAGGGAGUCCAUCUUCUGUAUCCAAUACAACAUACGAGCCUUCAUGAAUGUCAAGCACUGGCCCUGGAUGAAACUGUUCUUUAAGAUCAAACCUCUGCUAAAGAGUGCAGAAACUGAGAAGGAGAUGGCCACCAUGAAGGAAGAAUUCCAGAAAACCAAAGAUGAACUUGCCAAGUCAGAGGCAAAAAGGAAGGAAUUAGAAGAAAAGAUGGUGUCACUGCUAAAAGAAAAAAAUGACUUGCAGCUCCAAGUUCAGUCUGAAGCUGAAGGGUUGGCUGAUGCAGAGGAAAGAUGUGACCAGCUGAUCAAAACCAAAAUCCAGCUUGAGGCCAAGAUCAAAGAGGGGGAGCAGAUUGACAACCUGCAGCGGGUCAAGCAGAAGCUGGAGAAAGAGAAGAGUGAGAUGAAGAUGGAGAUUGAUGACCUUGCUAGUAAUGUAGAGACCAUCUCUAAAGCUAAGGGCAACCUAGAGAAAAUGUGCCGAACUCUAGAGGACCAAGUGAGUGAACUGAAAUCCAAAGAAGAAGAGCAGCAGCGGCUCAUCAAUGACCUGACAACCCAGAGGGGACGCCUACAGACUGAAUCUGGUGAAUUUUCACGCCAGCUUGAUGAAAAAGAAGCUCUGGUGUCUCAGUUAUCAAGGGGAAAACAAGCAUUUACUCAACAGAUUGAGGAAUUAAAGAGGCAGCUUGAAGAGGAAGUAAAGGCCAAGAAUGCCCUGGCCCACGCCCUGCAGUCCUCCCGCCAUGACUGUGACCUGCUGCGGGAGCAGUAUGAGGAGGAGCAAGAAUCCAAGGCGGAGCUGCAGAGGGCGCUGUCCAAGGCCAACAGUGAGGUUGCCCAGUGGAGGACCAAGUAUGAGACGGAUGCCAUCCAGCGCACAGAGGAGCUAGAGGAGGCUAAGAAGAAGCUGGCUCAGAGGUUACAGGCUGCUGAGGAACACGUGGAAGCUGUGAAUGCCAAAUGUGCAUCCUUGGAGAAGACAAAGCAGAGGCUGCAGAAUGAGGUCGAGGACCUCAUGCUUGAUGUGGAGAGGACCAAUGCUGCCUGUGCAGCCCUAGACAAGAAGCAAAGGAACUUUGAUAAGAUCCUGGCUGAAUGGAAGCAGAAAUAUGAGGAAACACAUGCUGAGCUGGAAGCAUCCCAGAAGGAGGCCCGCUCCCUUGGUACUGAGCUGUUCAAGAUGAAGAAUGCCUAUGAGGAAUCCUUGGAUCAGCUAGAAACCCUGAAGCGAGAGAACAAAAACUUGCAGCAGGAGAUUUCUGACCUCACGGAGCAGAUUGCAGAGGGAGGAAAACGUAUCCAUGAACUGGAGAAAAUAAAGAAACAAGUAGAACAAGAGAAGUGCGAACUUCAGGCUGCUUUAGAAGAAGCUGAGGCAUCUCUUGAACAUGAAGAGGGGAAAAUCCUGCGCAUCCAGCUUGAACUGAACCAAGUCAAGUCUGAAAUUGACAGGAAAAUUGCUGAGAAGGAUGAGGAAAUUGACCAGCUGAAGAGAAACCACAUUAGAGUCGUGGAGUCAAUGCAGAGCACACUGGAUGCUGAGAUCAGGAGCAGGAAUGAUGCCAUCAGGAUCAAGAAGAAGAUGGAGGGAGACCUCAAUGAAAUGGAAAUCCAGCUGAACCAUGCCAACCGCAUGGCUGCUGAGGCCCUGAGGAACUAUAGGAACACUCAAGGCAUACUCAAGGAUACCCAGCUGCACCUGGAUGAUGCUCUCCGGGGCCAGGAGGACCUGAAGGAACAGCUGGCCAUGGUUGAGCGCAGAGCCAACCUGCUUCAGGCUGAGAUUGAGGAGCUGCGGGCCACACUGGAGCAGACCGAGAGGAGCAGGAAAAUCGCAGAACAGGAGCUCCUGGAUGCCAGUGAGCGUGUCCAGCUCCUCCACACCCAGAACACUAGCCUGAUCAACACCAAGAAGAAGCUGGAAACAGAUAUUUCCCAAAUGCAAGGAGAGAUGGAGGACAUCAUCCAGGAAGCCCGCAAUGCAGAAGAGAAGGCCAAGAAGGCCAUCACUGAUGCUGCCAUGAUGGCUGAGGAGCUGAAGAAGGAGCAGGACACCAGCGCCCACCUGGAGCGGAUGAAGAAGAACAUGGAGCAGACAGUGAAGGACCUGCAGCUCCGUCUGGAUGAGGCUGAGCAGCUGGCAUUGAAGGGUGGCAAGAAGCAGAUCCAGAAGCUGGAGGCCAGGGUGCGUGAGCUGGAAGGGGAGGUUGAGAGCGAGCAAAAGCGUAAUGUUGAAGCUGUCAAAGGUCUGCGCAAACAUGAGAGGCGAGUGAAGGAACUCACUUACCAGACGGAAGAAGAUCGGAAAAAUAUUCUCAGGCUUCAGGAUUUGGUAGAUAAACUUCAGGCAAAAGUGAAAUCUUACAAGAGACAAGCAGAAGAGGCUGAGGAACAAUCCAACACAAAUCUAUCUAAAUUCCGCAAGAUCCAGCAUGAAUUGGAGGAAGCAGAGGAAAGGGCUGACAUUGCAGAGUCUCAGGUCAACAAAUUGCGGGUAAAGAGUCGGGAAGUUCAUACAAAAAUUAUAAGUGAAGAGUGAUCACGUCCGGAUGCAAUGGAAUGACCGAAGAGAGGCACAAAAUGUGAAGUCUUUGGUCAUUUUCCUCUGUAAUUUUGUCUAUUCUACCCUAUUGUGAAGGAAAUAAAAAAGUACAGAAUACUUUGCAAACCAUA